CCUUCCUCCGGAAACUUCCGGGAGGGAAGCUUUUUGCGGUGACACCGACAUCUGGCAAGUUGUGACACAGCUGAUACAGCGAUUAAUCCACAAGUCUGUGGGACUGUUUAAAGGCAUCCUAACUGCUAAAGUUCGAUCUCCAGAUAUCAGUCGGCCCCAUGACUCUGACACACCCUGUUUACAUCUCCGACCAUGCAAGGAUGGCUUUCACCCUUGGCAUGGACUUUCUGAGCCGCAUUAAUGCUUUCAUUGAUGAGGAGGGAGUGCUCUAGUCAGAGGUCGACCUGCCUUUGACCGCGGCCCUGCCUCCGGACCUCCACUGUCUCACGGUUGGUAGCUCUGAGCAGGUGGGAACACCAUGUUCGCCACCUGGUUCAGAACUUUUGCCACCACAGAUUCAGCUACCAUCACAGUCACAAUCUGCUGAUUUCUUUAACAUAGCUGAAGCUCCUACCUCAGUAGUCGACCGAGACAAACAACACCUUGUGUUAAGUUACCAUGAUUGCCAUAAUCUUUCUCUUUCCACCAUGUGGACAGGUGAACACCUCACCAGUUACGUGGAUGGCCAGAAUCUCAGCUUUGACACUCGACUUCCACCAGAGAACUUCCUCAACGGCCAGUUCAUCGCUUGUACAGACCAACUUGCUUCUCUGGGUGCAGCAUCUGGAUUCCCCAGGUACCUACGCCAGGAUAUUGUUUGUGGACUUCAGCUCUGCAUUCAACACAAUCCUGCCAGACCUCCUCCAAGACAAAAUGUCCCAGAUGAACGUGCCUGACCCCAUCUGCAGGUGGAUCACUGACUUCCUGACAGACAGGAAACAACAACUCAGGCUGGGGAAGAAUGUCUCGGACCUACGGACCGUCAGCACCGGCUCACCACAGGGCUGUGCUUUCCCCUCUGCUCUUCUCCCUGUACACCAACAGCUGCACCUCCAAGCAUGAGUCUGUCAAACUAAUUAAGUUUGCUGACGACACCACCAUCAUCGGACUCAUCUCUAAUGGGGAUGAGUCCGCUUACAGAAUGGAGGCUGAACGUCUGGUGUCCUGGUGCAGCCACAACAACCUGGUGCUAAACACCCAGAAGACAGCGGAGGUUGUUGUGGACUUUAGGAAACACACACACCCCAUCCCCCCCUUAAACCUGUCUGACACUCCCAUCACGAUGGUGGACUCAUGUCGCUUCCUGGGCACCACCAUCACCCAGGACCUCGAAUGGGAGCCUACCAUCACCACCAUCAGAAAAAAGGCCCAGCAGAGGAUGUACUUCCUGAGGCAGUUGAAGAAAUUCAACCUAUCACCACAGUCAAUGAGGCGUUUCUACACCGCUAUCAUCGAGUCCACCCUCACCUCCUCCAUCACCGUGUGGUACGCUGGAGCUACCACCAGGGACAAGAAGAGGCUGCAGCGUGUCGUGCGCUCUGCAGAGAAGGUCAUUGGCUGCAAACUCCCCUCCAUUCAAGAUCUGUACACCUCUAGGACAUUGAGGCGUGCAGGUCAGAUAAUAGCUGACUCGUGUCACCCUGGACACAGUCUCUUCGACUCGCUCCCAUCUGGCAGAAGGCUCAGAUCCAUUCGGACCAGAACCUCUCACCACAAAAACAGUUUCUUCCCCUCUGCAGUUGGACUUUUGAAUGAAAAUCCUAGGGCAGCCCACUCAAGUUGAUUGGUCCCAGUCACGUGACCGAUGCCGUGCUUGAAACAUUCAAUAAAUACUCAGAUUAAUACCUACACGGAGUAGAUAGCUGCUUCUCUAAUUCUUGCCACUUUUUACAUUAAUAAUUUUAUCAUGAGUGUUUUAUUAGUUCUUAUAUUUGCUUAUCGCUUAAUUAUUUUUUUUCUAUCUUACCUUCUGCACCAAAAUACUGCAGCAAUUUCCUAAUGUUGUGACUUGGCACACAUACGGCAAUAAAAACUUCUGAUUCUGAUGGUGGACACAUCAUGGGCCCUGAGACCCUUGUGGCCCCCUGAUGACCCCAUCUUAAAACCACCUGAAGUGUUUGUGUCUGUUCAACUUGGCUUUUCUGUGAAUGACCUUGUCAGUCUUCAGGUCCAGCAUCCUGCUGUCAGUGGGAUGAUCUUGAACCCUUUUGACCCAAAAGCUUUUCAGCAUCUUUCACAGGGGUUUUGACUCCAUUCCAGAGCUGCAUGCUCUAUCCUGUGCUCGGGUCAUCUCUCUUUCAGGUCUUGGCCGCUUGUGCUUCGGACUGAUGGGAGAAACCAGCAUCCAUAUGAUCAGUGAUGUCCACAGAGCCUCUGUGGCCUCGACAGCUAAGAUCCUGCAGGGAUCGGGCGUCCCUCCCGAUCCAGGCGGAGCUGCUGCUGGUUGAGACGCUCCACCGAUAACUCCACACCCUGUCACAGGGAGAGCUGAUAGUGGCACAGAGACUCCAGCUGAAACCCAGUACUCUGAGGGGGGAUCUCUACCCACCGAAGGGGGGGCCGACGCACUCACUGACCUUACUCCAUUACAGAUGUCGCCCUGUAAAUCUGCUGGUGGACCCUGAUCUCUCUGAACGUGCCCGCUUGUCAACCGGGGACCUUCCCGGAAGCACAUCUGCUCCGGAUCCUCGUAAGCCUGCACCUGUCUGCAGCCUAAAACAUUCUUGGUUUCAGUCUUCAGGACAGAUGAUGUUGCUCUUGCUAGUCACAUGUCUCUGUCUGCUUUCUCAGCAGCACUAUCUAACUCGACCGUGUGGAUCUGGGUUCCACAUCCAGGGGACUCCCAGAUAUCUUUAUGUCCAUCCAUCACUUGUGGGUCCAGCCAGUUCAUUCUGGUGGCGCUGUGACUUUUUCUAGUGAGCGGGCGCUCCAGAGCCUCAUCAAUAUUCCUGUAUGUUCUUUCGUUCCUGUUCAACAGACAUGGCAUAAGAUACCAGCAGGGGGCAGUAGGACUCCUCGUGAUCUGAGGGCUUCUCUUCUUGACCUCCAGUUCGCUCCAGAUCCUGGUCACACAACAGUCACCUCUGGUAAACUGAUUAAUAACCUUUUACAGGAAAAAUCAGGUCCUGACCUACCAACUAAACCACGCUCUCCGGUCGUGUUUCUCAUUAAGAUCUCCAAAGGCAACAAAGCUCCCAUUUAUCUAUGGGUCCACAGAACCAAAUUUAAAUCGCACAAAAAUCCUAUUGAUUUAGACAUCGUUUCAACCAAAAUAGCUGACCACCAACUCGAAUUGUGCCAAAGAGGGGGUGAACUUCCGUCCGCUCUCGCUGGGUUCUCUGAUUUCGGAUCACGUGAGUCCUGUCGUGAGUAUGUGUGUGCAUGGCCUUCAUGUCUAAACAUCCUAUCAUACAGGCUUUGUGAAUUAUGGCUGUGGUCUGCUGUGGUUCCAAUAAUCAUGUGUUUUCAGAACAUAACAGUUGAAAGUGGAUGUCUCCACUACCUGGUGUGUCGAUCCAAAUUCAAUCAAUUCUUUUUUUGAUUAUUUUUAGUAGUCUUGAGUAGUCUCUUUUGAGGUUUAAUCAGGAUAACUGCCUUCAGUCAGUUAUCUUGGUACCUCACAUUUAGGGACUACUAACUCCACUGAUUUACAUUUUUAGUGUUGACUUACAUAUCUAUCUUUUUAUAGUGCUUUCGUUAGGGUAAUUGAGUUUGAGAACUUUAGGGAUUAACUUAGUUAAUUUCUCUUAAAGGGCUACAAGCCAAUUUUGCUCUUCAUUCUUAUAUAAAGCCUUUAAUUAGUGCAGGUGAUUUCUCCCAUACCAGUUAGGGUUUGAUUUCUUUUAUUGAUUUUCUUUCAUGCUUAAUGCACCACAUUUUUGACAUCACACAUAGGCAGUGCACCCACUUCUUCAGUUAAAGGUUAAAUACACAUAAUGCUAACACAUAGUACAGAGGUACUCACAGUGACAGGUUUAUAAUUUAUUUCUGUGAUUUGCAUCAAACGCAGUCUUCGUGUCUCUGCCUCACUUGCUGCUCUGCUCUUCUCACUCAUGAGCUUCACCAUUGGUCUUCGCUGCCUGAGGGACUUCACCAUCUGAGGGUCCUCUACGCCUGUUUCUGCCCGCCUGGUGUUCCUGUCGCAUGGAGCUUCACUUCGGUCGUGGUUCGAGACGUCCUGAGUGCCCUGCGCUGAGAGGUCACCUGGAGGCCAUCCGGGGGCCUACCGCUGACGGCUGGUCGUCUGUCUACAUCCUGCCCGGUUCUGUGUGGGAACACAGGCUACUUUAUCCUUUUUGCAUACGCCUUUGGUAUUAAUCAACUGCUAUUGAAAUAGCCAUCUUCUCUAGAAUUACUUUACAAUGAUCUGCAAUUGUUGACUUAACCAACUUCUCAGGAUAUGCUCCUGUCUUCACUGGGGGAGGAAACACUUACCUCUCUCCAGCCUUCACCUGGACUGCUACAGCUUCUUCAGAAAGAGAGUCCCUUCACGUCUUUGGUUGCCAACGACAGGUAGUUUUCUGCGACCACCUACCAUUGACAAAGGGGGGUCUUGUAGCAUCAUCAAGGUUCUCUGAUUUGUGGCAAAGGUCACAUUUAGCCAGCUGGGUCAAGCUGGGUCAGACUGUAACUUUCAAGUCCACAGAUUAACCAAGGAGUCAUGAUGUCUGAAGAAUAUAUCUCAUUAUCUGCAGCUGUUCCGUCCCAGAAGAAGGACACUUCAAGUUCACGAUAAUUAAAUAAUAAUAUUAAUAAACUCUUUGACUUUAUUACUGUUUAUUAUAAUCAUCAUAAAUAAUCACUUGGUUCAGUAUAAAUGUAUUUUAAUUACUGAAAUUAGUUAUUAUGCUUUGGGUAUAGUUAUGAUUAUGGUUGAUGACAGUAAUGUGUGUUCAGCAAAUCAGAAGGUCAGCUUCCACCUUAUCCAUCUAACACAGAGUUUAUCCAGAGUAAACAAUAACUGCCAACACAUGUUUUUGACACAUGACCAAAGCUUUCUUGCUGAGAGUGGGCGUGUUCUGAGGACUUUGUAAAAUAACUUGCAACAGCUUUCACGUCAGUUCUUGAACCAACCAUCCUGAGGAGACGGGUCGGCCGCCCUGACCCUCUGUCACGCUGUUCUGUCACGCCGAUAAGAAUAGCUAAGAAUAAAUGUAAACUGUAACCAGCUGAUGAAAAACUCCUUCCAGAGUUAUUGAUUUCUGAGUUAAGUUAAGAUGCAACAACUCCUUCAGAGUUAUGGACUUUGAGACGCAAAUAGUUUCAUCAGUCGUGUGACCCACAGAAACAACCCAGGACUGAUUUGGUCGCAUCAAGGUCCUUCUACCAUCCUCGUGCCCGGAGGAAAUCAUCUCCACUUGACAUCUCGGAUCCAAAAGGGGGUCUCCUGGGUGAGGUAGACACUUUUGACAGAUGACGUUUGAUGCUGUUCUCUAAGUAAACAACUCAGAUAGCUGCAAAACAUCAUUUCCAGCCCAGAACGCUUUCCUCUCUGUGAAAGAAACCUUCUGAGAAAUCCAUUCACGCAUCCAAACUCAUAUUUCCAAUUUAGCUUUCAUCCAGCCACAGGGUUGCCUUUUAAAACAAGUUUAAUAUCAAAGCUGGUAAAGAUUGUCAUUAAAUUGUCAUCCAUGAAUUGUCAUUCAAAUCUUAAAGUUUAAAAAUUGUUAGUAAUAAAAUUCUUCAUUUUUAAA